AUGAUAACUAAUUAUCGAACUUUUUCAAUCGAUAUUCUAAUAUUUAGUACAUUAACAGCUAUCUGUUGGACAAGUACAAAUCUUGUUCUAUCGUGGACAUCCAAUAUCUAUCGAUCGAUUCAAUUAUAUGAAUUAGGAUACAUGUUAAUGAAUGAUAGAAUAAAAUAUCUUUUAUACAAACGUGCGAGACGAAAUAUGCAAAUUGAUCAACAACAUCCGAUUCAACAAGGUUUAUUAUUCUUUUCACGACCUGACUUUUCCGAUGAGGUUAAUGUACAUCAUGAUAUAUUACGAAGUCAUUCGACGUGUUGA